UCCCAUCACUUAACGUUAGGUAGUGCUGCGUUUCGAUGGCUCGACAAUCACCCCUGUCGUCGUACGUUCCAGGUCCUUCUUGGCUAUGCCCCUCCAAGACCUGCUUUUAUCGUUGAGUGCACGUAACGUCAUUAUACAGAACAUGAGGAACAUUCUCUCUCUGCUUUGAUGGUUAUGGCAUUGUUUGACCAAGCAGCCACUGAAGGACCGGAGCGAGGGGAAGGGAGUAGGCGGGCGGCAGCAUGGGUCGCAGUCUGCAAUCGCGGAGCGGCAACGGCCGCUACUCUAGACAGGGGAAAGGGGGGACAAGUUGAAAUUGAGCACGUACCGGAAGAAGAAAACGGGGGUAAGGAGACGGUUCCUGUUUCAGGUUGGCGGAAUAGGAAGUCUCAUUUGCAGAGCUCCCCAGCGAAGCCGAUAGUCCCAGCGUCUAGAGGUUGAAGAUCAGGA